GUUGUUUCUCUGACCACCACAGUGUACUAUUUCCACUCAACUCUCUCUGGAAAAGUGCUUGCUUUGCAUUAACAAUGGCUUUGUUUUUUCGGUUUCUCUUAUCCCUCACUGACCCUUCAUAGAAAAGCAAGGUGAAUGUGAAGAUAAAGCUGAGAGCACUAAGUUUUCAACUGAGUAGCAUGUCAAAUAGGUUGACUUCAAAUGUCAUAAAGAUGUCGAGUGUCUGAAAAGACAGGUUGGAAAGGUGAUGGGACAAUCCUAGAGAAAUCUAGGUGAUUGUGUAAAAAAAAUAUUGUGAAACAAUAGUCAAUGAAGCUAAAUGUGAAGAUGAAACAAAGUUUUGAAAUAAGAUGUUCCUCAAAUCGAUUGUCAGCUUUAGUUGCUACUUUUUCUGAAGAGAAGAGGAAGGCUGUUCAAGAAAUAGGGUUUGGUUCCCUAAUAAAUAAUAAUUUAUGUGGGAUAAGGAAGGAUUUAUGCAUUUGGUUAGUGCAGAAGUUUGAUCCUCUUACUACUUCCAUUGAUCUGCAUGGUAAGGUUUUCAAAAUAAGUUCAAAAGAUGUUGAGAGAUUGAUGGGGUUAAUUGAUAGUGGAAGUUCAGUUGAGCUUAUUAAGCCUACCCCCGAUAUGGAGGAUAUGAUGAAGAAGCAUUGCACAAGUGAACAACGCAUCUCUAUAGCCCAGUUAAACAAAAGAUUAUCUAAAGCAACUGUUGCUAAUGACGAUUUUAAAAUUAGAUUCACUUUGUUUGUGAUUGGAACGAUACUGUGUCCUGGUUUGAGUGGGAAGCUACCUGCAUCUUAUUUGCAUCUACUGAAAAACGUAGAUAGCAUAAGGCAAAAAAAUUGGGCUUCUUGGACAUUCAGUUCAUUAAUCGAGAGUGUACACAGAUACAAAAGAUAUGAACAGCAAAAAUCUGGUAGACAGCGAAUUUCUGGUUGUAUAUUACUUUUGCAGCUAUUUUACAUGGAUGUUGUAUGGUUUGGUAAGCCACUUGUGGAUAGAUCAGUAAUGGCAAUAUUUGCAUGGGGGGAAGUAGAAGUCCAAAAUUUCAUGAGACUUUUACAGGGACGUGGUGGUGUUGGUUCAAGGGUUAAUGUAAGAGAAGUGGAUGACAAAGUAUGCAAUGAACCAAGGGUCUCUAAAAGCUUAAACAUUGAGAAUGUUGAAGAACAUCAAAUGAAGGCAGACCUCUCAUGUAUGAAAGGAGACCUUUCAUGCAUGCAGGAGGACAUUUCAUGGAUUGAAGGAGCAAUAGAGGGGUUGAUAUCUAAUAGUAGUGGCAUUCCAAAAUCACCACAUGGAAAUUCAUUUGGUAAUAAGCAUGGACUUGAAGUUGCUAAUGGCAAUGCAUUGCUCCAUCCACAUUCUCCCAUUGUCGAAGUUCAAAAUCAGGCCAAUAUAGAGGAAAAACAUAUAGUUUGUGUUAAUUCAAAUAAUUCCUCUUUGUUUAACGAUGAACAACUUCAAAAUUUUGAUAUGAAUGCAUUAAAACUAAAGGAGAAUAACAAAGUGAGUGGUGUUUGUGUCUCGGUUAAGCAAACACAAACGUUGAAAGAAAGGAAGCCAUGUCUCUAUAUGCAGUCACCUUUUGAUAAAGUAAUUCAAGGAUGGGUGGAAUGUCAAUACCAUGCCUGUCUACUUUCCUUUCCAACUCCUUCGAAGGAGGGGGAUUUGAAAAUUGUUCAUUACAUAUUUGAUUGUAACCUUGACCAUAGUGAGGUACUUGUGAAAACUGAGUAUGCUUAUUUUACUCGAGGCCCCAUUUCCACACUACGACCAGAAACUUGGCUUGAUGGAGAUGUUAUUUGUUUGGCUAUAGAGAUAUUGACAUAUAAAGAACGACAAAAGAAAAAUGUCAAUAUACGUCGAUGGUAUCUACCAACCCAUUACCAACAAAUGGCAUUGCGUAAGAAUCCUGAUGUGGCCAGAUUUGCACAAACUUGGCAACUGAAGAAAAGAUACAUGGGAAGCUUAAAGCAAUGCGAGAAGAUAUUUAUUCCCAUCUAUGACGAAAGUGGCCAUUGGUAUUUGCUGAUUGUAUGUGUGAAAGAGGCAAUUGCAGAGAUAUGGGAUCCUCUUCCAAAUCGUAGGAGGAGGAAUUAUCGAGAAGAAAAUGCCCGACAAAUUUUGCGGUCGUUGGACAUAGUGUUUGCUGAUGAAAUUGAUUGUGUCUUUCACCAAAGCAAAAGGUUUGAGGAUUUCAAUUUAGAAAUUCCAGAAAAUCUCCCUAAACAACCGAAUGGAUAUGAUUGUGGCAUUUUUGUGAUAAAGUAUAUGGAAGACUCUUGCAUUGCUAAUGACUUGAACCACCUUAACAAUUCGGUUGAGGAAAGAUUACGCCUUGUGUUGCAACUUGUGUGUGUGGACUUCAACAUGGAAUAUAUUCGCCUGAUGUCAAAAGCAGAAAAACAUUAUGAAGCAAUAUCUAAAUUAGCACCAACAAGAGUUGCAUCAGAUAGUGGUUGGCCAUCUAAGAGGAGAAAGAAAAGUGCCAAGUAACGGGAAGUAGUUGUUGGUUGCUAGAUGGUGGAGCUGAGCCUUUUGCAUGUUGCAGUUACUUGGCUCCUCUUCAUUUUCCAUGUGAAAGAGAGGGUCUGCAAAAUUGCAGUGCAGGCACUAAUGGAGAUUAUAGCAUGCUUUUUGUGUCAAACACUAUAUGCAACAUGUAAGGCCUAUCUGCCUCAAGAAGCAAAAAGAAAGAAACUUUUGUUCCAAAAGCACAAAGAGCUUUCCACUAAAUUACUUAGUUUUGGUUUUCUGGGUC